GCUUUCCGGAGGGGCACCUUCAACCAGCUCCGCGGCGCACCGGCAGCGGCUUCCUCUUAGUGUUACAGAAGAAGUGGAAAUAACACUUUCACACACACAGACACUAUGUCCUUUCUGUCAGUCAGCAGGCUAGCGCCGAAGCUCCUCAAUUCCAAGAAUGCCGCUUACUUCCUCGUGGCUGCCAGAAAUGCUAGCGCAUCAACAACAAAUUUGAAGGAUGUCCUGGCAGACCUUAUCCCUAAAGAACAGUCCAGGAUCAAGAACUUUAAGCAGCAGUAUGGCAAAACCAACAUAGGUCAGAUCACUGUCGACAUGGUCUAUGGAGGCAUGAGGGGCAUGAAGGGUCUGGUGUAUGAGACCUCUGUGUUGGAUCCUGAGGAGGGCAUCCGUUUCCGGGGUUACAGCAUUCCUGAGUGUCAGCAGUUGCUGCCCAAAGCUCCCGGAGGCGAGGAGCCGCUGCCCGAGGGCCUCUUCUGGCUGCUGGUCACAGGACAGGUGCCCACUGAGGAGCAGGUGAACUGGGUGUCCAAAGAAUGGGCGAAGAGAGCAGCGCUUCCCUCUCACGUCGUCACCAUGUUGGAUAACUUCCCCACAAACCUCCACCCCAUGUCCCAGUUCAGUGCUGCCAUCACAGCUCUGAACAGCGAGAGCAGCUUCGCACGCGCCUACUCUGAGGGUGUCCACAAGAGCAAGUACUGGGAGUUUGUUUAUGAAGACUCCAUGGACUUGAUUGCCAAGCUGCCCUGCAUCGCUGCCAAGAUCUACCGCAACCUGUACCGUGAAGGCAGCAGCAUCGGAGCCAUCGACUCCAACCUGGACUGGUCCCACAACUUCACCAACAUGCUGGGUUACAGUGAAGCCCAGCAGUUCACUGAACUUAUGAGGCUCUACCUCACUAUCCACAGUGACCAUGAAGGAGGCAACGUCAGUGCCCACACCAGCCACUUGGUGGGCAGUGCCCUGUCUGACCCCUACCUGUCCUUCAGCGCUGCCAUGAAUGGUCUGGCUGGUCCUCUGCACGGCCUGGCCAAUCAGGAGGUGCUGGUGUGGCUGACUGCCCUGCAGAAGGAGAUGGGAGGAGAGGUGUCUGAUGAGAGGAUGAGGGAUUACAUCUGGAACACACUCAAGUCUGGAAGGGUGGUGCCCGGCUAUGGCCAUGCUGUCCUGAGGAAGACUGACCCACGUUACGCCUGCCAGCGUGAGUUUGCCCUGAAGCAUCUGCCCAACGACCCCAUGUUCAAGUUGGUCGCCCAGCUUUACAAGAUCGUGCCCAACGUGCUCCUGGAGCAGGGUAAGGCCAAGAACCCCUGGCCCAAUGUGGACGCCCACAGCGGAGUGCUGCUGCAGUACUACGGCAUGACUGAGAUGAAUUACUACACUGUGCUGUUCGGUGUGUCCCGAGCCCUCGGUGUGCUGGCUCAGCUGGUAUGGAGUAGAGCCCUGGGCUUCCCCUUGGAGCGCCCCAAGUCCAUGAGCACAGAUGGACUGAUGGGACUGGUGGGAGUAAAGUCAGGCUGAAGAACAACCUAAGAGGAGUUGGGGGUUAGUGUAAAGGGUGGGAGGAGGUUGAAAUAUCAAAAGGCAGACAUAAGUUGACCCCCUGUCAUUCCCGACCCCAGGGAUUCAAUGGGAUUCAAAGAGACAGUACGCUUUUAAUGUCAUUUCACAAAAGAAGGGCCUUUCAAAUCGUCACACCAUUAGUGUUUGAGUGUGUUUAGUUAUCCAAGUUUUCCCAGCGCGUCUCCAUAUUUGGGAGAACGUGAGGCGAAAACUUAAAGACACACAUACAUGUAACCCAUCGUAGGCUCAAAUUAUGUACCAUUACAAGUCUGCUAGCAUCGCUAAGAUUUUCCCCCUGAGACAUUUGAGCAGUGCCUGCAAAGUUUGUCAUUGGGCACGAAUAGGCAGUGGCAUUCAAAGGGAAUUGUGGGAGUGAAUUAACACUUCCUUUGUAUUCGUUUUCAAGAUCUUAAAGUUUAAAUACCUGACUGAACCUUCGCUGCUUUCGGUUCAUGCUGUGAUCCUUUUUUUUUUCUUUUUUUUUGGUAGUUUUUAGGCCACAUCCCCAAAUCAAAAGACCCCCACAAUAUAGGACUCAAUUUAGUUUAUUCUAUGCAAUUAUCCCAGUUGAUAUCCCAGCCAGUCUAUCCACGCGUUUCACUCCCAUUAAUGAACACUCCAGUUUAGAUAAAAUAAAAAGGUCCUCACCAGUGAAAUUAGCAAACUCUUCACGAUAAAAGAAAACACAUGAAAAUAAGUUAAAAGAUACUGCCCCUUUAAAUCUUUGGUCUCCCCCUCUUUUCUCCAACUUUUAGUUGUUUUUUUUUCUUUUUAAUGAUGACAUGUCUUACCUCUAUGAUCAAAAUAACUGUCUUGUCUAUAUAGAGAUUACUUUUUCCUUUACACUUUUUUUUUUCCUUAACAUGCUUUACUAUUUUUAACGGGGCUCUCGGCUCAAAGAGGUCUUCUGAAUGGUAGAGAAUCAAGAAUAAUGUACAGUAACAAUCACUUUGAGCAAAUGGUGUUGUAAUCGGCAGUCUGUAGUAAAAAUCCUUAAGAGCAAGCUUGAAUAAUAAAAUUAAAAAAAAUAAAAAGUGAGAGAAGGGGGA